AUGUCUCUCACCACCUACCACCAACACCUCUUCACUAACUCACCACCUCGCAUCACCCUCCUCUUCACCACCACCACCACCACCAAAACCAGCAGCUGCCUCUCGCUCAGAAACCUCACUCUCUCUCGCCACGCCACCACAUCCUUACAUUCCAAUAAUUUCCACUUCAAACCCCAAGCUCCCAAAAAUUCUUUCAAUUCCACCCUCAAAGCAUACCAAUCAGACCCCACAACCCCAACCCAAGAUUCCGAUCAAUUCAACGUCGAUCAAUUUCUCUCAAUUGCUGAAUUACUUUGCAUCAUUUCGUCGUCUAUUGUCACUAUUAGCUACGCAUUGAACUGUACCUUUCCGAAAAGGGGAGUGUUGGGGGUUAUAGGGAGUAAUGCAGGGUUUGCGUGGGGAAUGGUGGUGAUGGUGAGUGGAGUGCUGAUUGGUGCGUGGAUAAGGACGCGGCAGUGGUGGCGAAUUUGCAGGGAGACGGAUAAGGAGUGGAGUAGAGAGAGUUUGAAUUUGAUGGGGAGGAUUGAGAAAUUGGAAGAUGAUUUGAGGAGUUCUGCGACCAUUAUUAGGGUUUUGUCUAGACAGCUUGAGAAGUUGGGCAUUCGGUUUCGGGUUACGAGGAAGGCAUUGAAAGAACCCAUCGCUGAGGACUCUGGUACAUGUGCUGACAUCCUAAGACCGGAUGAUGACCAUAGUUUAGAGUGGCUAAAUGGUCUCCCAACUGCAGCUUUGGCUCAAAAGAAUUCUGAGGCCACUCGAGCAUUAGCAGUGCAAGAAGAUAUUCUGGAAAAGGAGCUUGGUGAAAUUCAGAAGAACAUGUUACAAGUGAUCAGUUCUACUGCUUCUGGUGAGUGGAGUGAUAUGGUCCUUAAAGGUUGUAAGAUUGACUUCAAUUUGUUAUCAUCAUUGCAGGAGCAGCAACAAAAACAACUGGAGCUAAUUCUUGCAAUUGGAAAGAGUGGGAAGUUAUGGGAUAACAGGCGGGAACCUGUCCUGGAACAAGAAAUGAUUAAAACAGCUGAUGUAAACCAGUUGGAAACCCAUGAAACUCAAUCUCCAGUUACAAGCAAGGGAAGAAAUAAUGACAGACCAUAA